AUGAUGUCCCUCUUUCCUGUUUGUUUCACAUUUCCUCUUUAUAUUCUGUCUAAUUUACUACCAGCGGAGGGCUACACUUACCAAACCAAACCUUUAUCCCUGUCUUACGCGGAGUUGGCUGCCCUGGAAGCCGAGUCCCGGGUUGAGGAUCCCGGCGGAGCCGCCGCGGCCCCGACCCCGACCCCGGCCCCGGGGGAGCACCAGGCCCCGGGGGAGCACCAGGCCCCGGGGGAGCGGGGGGGCCGGGCGGUGGAGGUGAGGUGUCUGGAGGACAGCAUCGUGGUGGUGGUCAGGGCUCGGUUCCGCCAGGGGGGAGGGCGGCCCUCCGGGGCCGCCGGCCUGCGGCUGGGGCUGGACGGUGGGGCGGAGCCGCGCUGCGCCGCCCGGCGCUCCGCCGGGGGAGACUACGUGCUCCGGGCCCCGCUGGCGGCCUGCGGGACCACAGUGACGUUUACAAAGACUGCAGUGCUGUUCAGCAACCUGCUGCUGUUCUCCCUCCCUCCAUCAUCACCUGCCGACGCGUCUCACCUGGACAGAGCUGCCGUCCCCCUGCUGUGUGAAUAUAAAAGGAGGUUCACGGUGAGCAGUGGAGCGCUGAAACCCACCUGGACCCCCGUCAUCUACGUGGAGUCGGCUCAUCUGGGCCUCGAUUUCCACCUCAGGCUCAUGACCAACGACUGGAGCAGGGAGAGAAACUCUCCUGUUUACCUCAUGGGUGAAAUGGUCAACAUGGAGGCCUCGGUGGACCAUCAUCAUCCCUCUCUGCGUUUAUAUGCCAGCAGCUGCGUGGCCACUCUGACCCCCGACGGGAACUCCUACCCCCGAUACCCCUUCAUAGACCACCAGGGAUGUUUCACAGACUCCCAGCUGAGCGGCUCCAGCUCUCGUUUCCUGCGCCGGGUCCAGGACAAACUCCUCCACAUUCAGCUGGAGCCCUUCCUCUUCCACGACGACCACAGACGCACGGUCUACAUCACAUGUUACCUGGAAGCCGCGCCCCCGUCAGAGAGGGACCCGGAGAAAAGGGCCUGCUCUUUCAUAAGUGGGAGGUGGAGGUCAGCGGAUUGGGACGAUUAUGUGUGUGAGAGCUGCCACACAGCUGAGGAGGCGGCUCACGACAGCAGUGCAGAGUCCGGCCACAAGAGGGAGCAGAGGAGCAAGAGAGAGCCCGGACAACACGAGCUGAAAGGAAAAACAACACUGGGUCCAAUCACAUUUCUUCCAGAACAAGCCAGCGACAGUACCAACCCCAUGUAUCUGUAA